CUCUCUCAAAUACCCUUCACCACUCUCCCUCUUCUGCCCCUGUAAUUCCUCAAUCUCCCCUUUGCCCUUCGCUUCACCCCCUUUCUCGUUAAUUCCCGAUUUUCUCCCGGAACAAACAAAUCCCUCCCCCUAACCAUUUUACCCGCCAAUUUCCCUCCUUUUCAAAUUUCCUACCUUUUUCUUCCCUUCCCAGCUUCACCCCCUUUUGAUUCCCCUCCCAAUCCCUAGUUUCUUCUUCGAUUCUGGGGGGUUUUCUGGCUUCACCUCUUCUUUUCUUGCGUUUUUGCCCAAUACCCACACCCUUUCUUCGCUGCUUCUUCUAACUUUGUUUAUCGUGCUCUCUUGCCGUUUGGGUUUUGAGCUAGGGUUUCAAGUUCGGUUCUUUUUUCUUUCUCAAUCCAGGUAUGCAUUGACAUAGGUGGAAAAUCUACCUUUUGACCAUCUGUCUGCAUAUUCGGGUUGUGUUGUUCCUAUAGAUUGGUUUAUUCAAUGGCUAACCAUGAUUUGAUACUUGGACAAAGCCACAAUCUAGCAUUGAGGCAGAAUCAGCCACUGGUGCUAGGCCAUGAUCAUAAUUUGGGUCUUACCCAGAACCAUGAUUUGGAGUUAGGACAAACCCAUGAGCGUCAUUUAGGCUUGGGACAGGAUCAUGACUUAGGUUUAGGGCAUUCUCAUGAUCAUGAGUUGGAUUUAGGACAGAGGCAUGACCAAGAAGAGGAUGUUGGCCACAGUUAUGGGCAUGAUAAUGAGUUAGCUAAUGAUCGAAAACCAGAUCAUGGUGACAAUGAGUUAGUUUUAUCAGAGCAUAAUGAAUUGACCGUUUCAGAAAACCAAGAGCUUGAUGAUAGUCUGGCAUUGGCUGUGGAUGACAGCCAGGAGAUGGGAAUUGAUCCUGUCCGAGAUUUGCAGCACUCCCAGAUGGUAGUUAGUCUUCCUCCUGUCCUUCAGGUUCGGAAUUCAAAUCCAACUUACGAAUUGGCUGUUGGGCAAGAGUUCCCGGAUGUCAAAAGCUGUCGUAGGGCAUUGAGGGAUGCGGCUAUUGCUCUUCACUUUGAAAUGCAGACCAUCAAAUCUGAUAAGACUCGUUUUACUGCCAAAUGUGCAAGUGAGGGAUGUCCAUGGCGUAUUCAUGCAGCAAAGCUCCCUGGGGUCCCAACAUUCACAAUCAGAACCAUCCAUGAGACCCAUACAUGUGGAGGGAUUGCUCAUCUUGGCCAUCAACAAGCCUCCGUGCAGUGGGUGGCAAACACUGUGGAACAGCGAUUAAGGGAGAACCCUAAUUACAAGCCGAAGGAGAUAUUGGAAGAGAUUCACCGAGUUCAUGGAAUCACCUUAUCUUACAAGCAAGCCUGGCGAGGCAAGGAGCGUAUCAUGGCUGCUAUGCGUGGAUCUUUUGAGGAAGGGUAUCGCCUACUCCCUCAAUAUUGUGAACAGAUCAAGCGGACAAAUCCGGGGAGUAUUGCGUCUGUUUAUGGAAACCCAACUGAUAACUGUUUCCAGCGUCUAUUCAUAUCAUUUCAGGCCUCAAUUUAUGGUUUUCUGAAUGCUUGUCGACCACUCCUUGGGUUAGAUAGGACAUAUUUGAAAAGCAAGUAUCUUGGAACUUUGCUUCUUGCUACUGGUUUUGAUGGUGAUGGUGCUUUGUUUCCUCUGGCAUUUGGUGUUGUUGAUGAGGAGAAUGAUGAAAACUGGAUGUGGUUUCUCUCUGAACUUCAUAACCUGCUUGAAAUCAAUACUGAAAACAUGCCAAGGCUUACGAUUUUGUCUGAUAGGCAGAAAGGUGUUGUUGAUGGUGUUGAAGCUAAUUUCCCUACAGCUUUUCAUGGAUUUUGCAUGCGUCACUUGAGUGAAAGUUUUAGAAAAGAGUUCAAUAAUACCAUGCUUGUCAACCUUUUAUGGGAAGCCGCUCAUGCCUUGACUGUAAUUGAAUUUGAGGCAAAGAUUCUUGAGAUUGAAGAGAUAUCACAAGAUGCUGCAUAUUGGAUCCGGCGAAUCCCACCUCGUUUGUGGGCAACAGCCUAUUUCGAAGGCACGAGAUUCGGGCAUCUAACAGCAAACAUAGUUGAAUCACUGAAUUCCUGGAUUUUAGAAGCUUCAGGGCUUCCAAUAAUUCAGAUGAUGGAAUGCAUUAGGAGACAGCUUAUGACAUGGUUCAAUGAACGGCGAGAGACUAGCAUGCAGUGGACGUCGAUACUUGUCCCUUCUGCCGAAAGGCGUGUUGCGGAGGCACUUGAGUAUGCACGCACAUAUCAGGUCCUUCGUGCUAAUGAAGCUGAAUUUGAAGUUAUAUCUCGUGAAGGGACAAAUAUUGUGGACAUUCGCAAUCGCUGUUGCCUUUGUCGGGGCUGGCAGUUGUAUGGUUUGCCAUGUGCGCACGCUGUGGCAGCACUUCUUUCUUGCAGGCAGAAUGUUCAUCGAUUUACUGAGAGCUGUUUCACCGUGGCAACAUAUCGGAAGGCAUAUUCUCAAACCAUUCAUCCGAUUCCAGAUAAAAGUCUAUGGAAAGAGUUGUCUGAGGGGGACCCGAAUGCCAACAAAGCCGUUCAAGUUGUCAUUCACCCACCCAAAUCACUUAAACCACCUGGUCGGCCACGAAAAAAGCGAGUUAGAGCAGAAGAUCGUGGCCGUGAGAAGCGGGUUGUGCAUUGUAGCCGUUGUAAUCAGACAGGCCAUUUUAGAACAACAUGUGCAGCACCAAUUUAAGUUCAGAUUUUCUAGUAAGUUAAAACUGCUGCUAUAGUAUUUGGGUAUGUCCCCAUCUGUGCAAAAUGGUUCUUGCUUUCUUCCUUUCUUUUUUUGUUAAUUUAGUAUUUUAUCAGGUAUUAGAUUUGCAAGUAAAUGCGUUGUUCUACUUGUCAUUUAGCUAUCCACUUGCCUUGUAUGAAUGUUCCCUUCAAUAACAUAUCCACCUGACUUGUCUCUUUAA